AUGAGGUCAGAGAUGAUUCUCAAGUUAUUUAGGGGUCAUGUGAGGUCAGCUGACGACGACCUACAGGGAGGAAGCAGAGACAUCCUCUACCUCGCCCCAGUCAACCCGCGAGUAACACUCAUCCUGUCUGGAGGUCAGGGUCACCGCUGGGACCUCUCCACCUCAGAGGAUCCAAAUGCACUGCAGCCACUGGGACCCUAUUGA